GUGCAAUCUUUUACCCGGACUGACCAUGCUCUCAGUCCUUCUCUUCUGCUGGGCAGUUCUCACACUCCACACUACAGCCACAUGUUACCAUCUACAGCAGACAUCCUCCUCACCCUCUGGUGUCAAUGCCAUGGACCCUGAAAUGCACCAGUGGCUUGAAGUAAAAACCUAUUUCAUCAGGAAGAAAGGCAACAAAAGAGCUCAGAAACCUGUUCUUCGAGGUUCGGAAGGCAACUUUAACUACAGGAAGGACCAGAAUAAAAACUGUUUCUCAGGCUUCAACAUGAAAAAUCAUGCUUUCUUAUGCUUGGACCCCAAAGGAAAAUUAUAUACCUCGGUAUUCGUCAGCAAAGAGGCCUGUCGGUUUCUCCGUGUCAAAAGACAUAAAUACUACGAUGUGUUUCAGUCCUGCAGGGGUGAUGUGCUGAUGGUCAAACAUCGCCACGUCAAUGCAUACGCGCAUAAUUUACCGAAGCUGUCCAACUUUGUCUUCUCAAAGCGACACAAAAAACGAACGCACCAUAGAAAGAGACGCAGUUGGCACACUGAUCCGUCCGACCCUUUAGGAUCCGAGUAUCCGCAUUUAAGCGCCACGAAAAACUGGAGAAGUGACCCGGGGCACGGCGGUAAUGUAUCGAAGGAGACCAUUACUUCAGUAGAUGAUCCUUUACAGGUGUUGCUGUCACAUAGUGCACGAACUCCUACUCUGGAAAAACAUGGAGAAAACAAAAAAGUCAGGUUCUAGGUGAAGUAUCACCAUCUUUCCCUACCUUCAAGGGAUUGCAUUUCACUGUGUAUUGAAUCUAUUGUGGGUUGUACCACGGUGUACUGAUCAUUUUAGCCCACCGUGAUGUUUUAACUGCAAAACAAAGCACAGGUUUGUUCAUGAUCAUUUAUAUUUUAUCAGCUGGAGCCUCCGGUGUCAGUAAUUAUAACAUUACGCUGUAUUGUAUGUACUGUUUUAUAACCUGGGAAAGGCUUUAUAACAGAGAGCUUUGUGGUUUCUCACAUGAUGAGAGCAAAAGAGAGACUGGUAAUGAAAUAACUAUUUAUAGCUAAUAUAACUUGUUUUAUGGACAUUCAACAAUAUUAUAGAUAACUACAACUGGAUAAAAUGUACAUGUUCUUUAAUAACUAAAAAAGCAAGAGUUAGUGUUAGUUUGUUGGUGUUGGUCAGGACAAUAAUCAACCUCAGGGUUGUAAAACUAACUCAGCUACACGUCAGGCCGCAUCACACCAUUCUGUUAUUGAUCAUCUCCCAGUAACAGUCUUUUAUUUCUUAGUUAUCUGCUGUACAACUGCUGCAUAAGAUGUGACGUGACAUGACAAGUCUUUUCCUAAGAAAGUCAGCACGUGUCCUUUCACCUAAUUUAAUAAGUUAACAGUUAAACAGCAUCAAAGUUUCAUGUUAUCAGAGUGCAGGUCAUUUAUGACGAUUCUAGAGUAAUGGUCAUGGGCUACAUCACUGAAAGUGAAAAUCGAUUUUUCUGAGAAUUAUAGAUAUUAUUUGUACUCAAUUUAUGGAUUUUUUAGUUUUGUUUCUGACUCUUGUGAGAUAUGUAUGGUUUAUUUUAACCAUAAAUUGUUUUUGUGUAUUGAUAUUUCUACUAAUAUUUCUGUUUUAUUAUAAAUUAGUCAAAUGGUGCUGGACACUUCUGCAUACUUAUUUAUUUUUGUGUUUAUAUAAUAUUUUAUACUUAACUUAACGUCUUAUAAGUCAUAUGAUUUACAGUAUGUCUGUCAGCAUUUAAUGUAUGUAUUUGACCUUUGUUUUUUUUAAA